GCUCUUUUUGGCUGUCCUGUGUUUUUGUCCACCGAUGUGUUUUUAAGUUAAACGGUAGUCUAAUUAUUUCUCUUUGUUCAUUUAAUCUGUUAGGACGUCACCGUGUUUUAGCCGAACAAUCUUAUGAAACAAGCCGCUGAUUGGCUCACUCAUUCCUCUAAUUUUGUGUGUUUAUUUCUGCUUUGGCAUGUUGUCAUAACCAGAUUUAUUGUGGGCACAGCAGGUUUGAUGCCCUUUGCUCCAUCAUGGAGCCCUCAGAUUUGACGACACGCAGGAACGGGCGACAGAGGAGAGUACCAGGCGCCUCCAUCCUGUCUGAGCACAUCGGCUCUAUGGACAGAGGGGAGACGAGUUCUCCUGAGCCGGAGAUGGAAGAGGAGGCAGACAGCCUCAUCAGGAGCUCAGACACAGAGAACAGGAGGCGUCACCGGGUUCGGCCGGGUAUCCGUGGCGAACUGGGGAAUAUAUUACUUCUCCUGUUCCUCUAUGUGCUGCAGGGGAUUCCCUUGGGACUGGCUGGCAGCAUCCCCCUAAUCUUACAGAGCAAGAGUGUCAGCUACAAAGACCAAGCCUUCUUCAGCUUCGUCUUUUGGCCGUUCAGUUUGAAACUUUUCUGGGCACCGUUGGUGGAUGCCCUGUACUUCGGCAGGUUUGGGAGAAGAAAGUCGUGGCUGGUGCCCACUCAGUACCUGCUGGGGCUGUUCAUGCUCUAUCUUUCAACAACAGUCACCUCACUGCUGCAGAGCGAGGAGGGACCCAAGGUGGUCACACUCACUGCAGUCUUCUUUAUGCUUGCCUUCCUGGCAGCCACACAGGAUAUAGCUGUGGAUGGCUGGGCCCUCACCAUGUUAUCUAGAGAAAAUGUGGGCUAUGCGUCUACCUGCAACUCCGUAGGCCAGACGGCGGGGUACUUCCUGGGGAAUGUGCUCUUUCUGGCUCUGGAGUCUGCUGAAUUUUGCAACAAGUACCUCAGAAUAGUGCCCAAAGACACCGGGAUCGUCACCCUGCCAGAUUUUUUAUUUUUCUGGGGGGUGAUAUUCCUAGUUUCCACUACCCUGGUGGCCAUCCUUAAAAGGGAGAACGAUCACAGCAGAGGCAGGAGCAACGUCCCGGUCGAGACUCAGGGUGUCACGGAAACCUACAAGCUCCUGUUCUCCAUCGUCAAGAUGCCAACAGUCUUCACUUUUUGUUCCCUGCUCCUCACAGCUAAAAUCGGUUUCUCUGCAGCAGAUGCUGUUACAGGUCUGAAGCUGGUGGAGGCUGGAGUCCCCAAAGAGCAGCUGGCGCUCCUGGCGGUUCCCAUGGUGCCUCUGCAGAUCCUUCUUCCAGUGAUCAUCAGCAGAUACACGGCGGGGCCGCGACCCCUUGAUGUCUUUUAUAAAGCCUUUCCGUUCCGGUUGCUUAUCGGGCUUGAGUUCGCUCUGCUGGUAUGGUGGACCCCCCAUUUGAAACAAGAAGGAGGAUUCCCACUUUACUACUACGCCAUAGUCCUGCUCAGCUACGCAUUGCAUCAGGUGGCGCUGUAUAGCAUGUAUGUGGCCUGCAUGGCCUUCCAUGCCAAAGUGAGUGACCCCCUCAUAGGAGGGACCUACAUGACGCUACUGAACACGGUCACUAACCUGGGAGGAAACUGGCCCUCCACCGUGGCUCUGUGGAUGGUCGACCCCCUGACCUCUAAGGAGUGCCACGGGGCUGUGGGACAGAGCUGCAGCUCGUCACUGGAGGCAGGGUUGUGCGUCAAGGAAGGAGGCGUUUGUGUGACGACCAUGGACGGCUACUACGUGGAGUCUGUGGUGUGUGUCGUCAUCGGUUUACUGUGGUGGGUGUGGCUGGGGAAAAGAAUGAGGCGGCUGCAGGAGCAGAGCUCCUCUGCGUGGAGAUGCAGGGUGAACCAGUGAUAUGAAUCCUACAGACAUUUCAGUAGUGAGCUGCACCUUCAUUUCCUGCUCCAAAACCAGCCGGACUCACAGUCAUUCCCACACAGCAACGUUUUGCUCUGGUCUGGCCUUUUUUGCUGCCAGAUUGAGGAAACACUUACCAUUAAACAUGCCACAUAUAUGCACACACAUAUGAAGUAAGCUGCCAUUGCUGUCUUCUUUUUUUUUUUUUUUAAACUAUUGCUGCCGUCUUAUAAAGUGUCCUAGUAGAUUUUUACCAUGUUGUGCUGCUUAAGCAAAACCAAACAAAGGCUGGGUCAAAGAAGAUCUUGACAAAUUUUUUUUUCAUCUGAAAAAAGAUUUUUUUAAGAUGCUUUCUGGGUUUAGCACUUCAUCUUCAAACCUAUAUAUCUUUCUUAUAUGAAAGGAAUAUUCAGAGAAUAGAUUCACUAAUCUUAACUCAAAGCACAUGUGAAGAUUUCUCCUCAUAUCCCUGGCCUGAACCACGAAGCAGGAAUAGAGUCUCAGUGCAGUUCAGAGGGAAACAGUUAGAGAAAUAGGACAGCGUUACAUAUAAAUGUUUUAAAAAGAAAACAGAAAAAAAUGAAUAUCUACAGUAUGCAGAAAUAUCUUUUCUUCAUUGUCCCUAUUUCAGUUUUACUAAUUAGCACAUUUUGGGAGACAUCUUACUAUAAUAUUUAUAGCAGUUGAUGUUUAUUAGGCCCGAGCAGCAAAGCGCUGCGAAGGCCUAUUGUUUCUGUACUGUUUCUUAUUAUUAUUAUUACGAUUCUGCCCCCCCAAAGAGGCGCCUUU